UGCUUUCUUGGGGGAAGCCUCCGCCGACGUGGCCUUUAUAUACCCGUCGAUCGGAUCGACUCUGCGCAUUUUCGUCAUGCGAACGCGGGGAAAUACGCCGGGGAUUCUCUUCCGAGGCCCAACCAACGAACAUGCGCGCGCUGCUCCUCUGCACAUGUGGCUAACCAUACCCGUUCUGCGGUGGCUUUAGAUGACUCGUAUUAUCUGGAAGGAGAUCAGAGAAAAAUUGAUCCUGCCUUACCUUGACAUCGACCUCAAGUACUAUGACCUAGGUCUGGAGUACCGUGACCAGACCGACGACAAGGUCACCGUUGAGGCUGCCGAGGCCAUCAAGAAGUAUGGUGUUGGUGUCAAGUGCGCCACCAUUACCCCAGAUGAGGCCCGUGUGGAGGAGUUCAAGCUGAAGAAGAUGUGGCUCUCUCCCAACGGUACCAUCCGAAACAUCCUUGGCGGAACUGUUUUCCGUGAGCCCAUUAUCAUCCCCCGCAUCCCCCGGCUGGUACCUGGCUGGAGCAAGCCCAUCAUCAUCGGUCGUCACGCUUUCGGCGACCAGUACCGUGCCCAGGACCGUGUGAUCCCCGGUCCCGGCAAGCUGGAGAUGGUCUACACCCCGGCUGGCGGUCAGCCGGAGACCGUCCAGGUCUUCGACUUCAAGAGUGGCGGCGGCGUUGCCCAGACUCAGUACAACACGGAUGAGUCGAUCUCCGGUUUCGCCCACGCCAGCUUCCAGUUGGCCCUGCUGAAGGGUCUGCCGCUGUACAUGAGCACCAAGAACACCAUCCUGAAGAAGUACGAUGGCCGCUUCAAGGACAUCUUCCAGGAGAUUUUCGAGACCACCUACAAGAAGGACUUUGAUGCCAAGAACAUCUGGUAUGAGCACCGUCUGAUUGACGACAUGGUGGCUCAGAUGGUCAAGAGUGAGGGUGGAUUCAUCAUGGCCCUGAAGAACUACGACGGUGACGUCCAGUCCGACAUCGUCGCGCAGGGCUUCGGCUCCCUGGGCUUGAUGACCUCGACCCUGGUCACCCCUACCGGCGAGGCGUUCGAGUCCGAAGCCGCUCACGGCACUGUGACUCGUCACUACCGCGAGCACCAGAAGGGCCGCGAGACCUCCACCAACCCCAUCGCCUCUAUCUUCGCCUGGACCCGUGGUCUGGUGCAGCGUGGUCAGCUCGACGAGACCCCCGAUCUGGUUACCUUCGCCGAGGAGCUUGAGCGUGCCUGUGUCGACGUGGUCAACGAAGAGGGCAUCAUGACCAAGGACUUGGCUCUGGCCUGUGGCCGCAAGGACCGUGAGGCCUGGGUGACUACUCGGGAGUACAUGGCUGCCGUGGAGCGCCGACUGAAGUCCAACCUUAAGGCCCGCCUUUGAAUGAUUUAGCGAUAUUUGGAGUCUAUUACAAUACCAUUUUCAGCGCGC